UGAAGCACUUGAGGAUACAACCAGAAUUCGAACAAUUUCUUAAAAAAACUAAAAUAUUUGUAUUAUAGCUUUACUAACACACCAAUUAUUUACAAUGUUAUGUAUUUGAGGUCACUGAGAUAAAGUGUCUGGGGUAAAAUUGCGCGUAGUUAUCUGAAAUAAUUUUGCAUUCCUUAAUCUAUAAUUUGUCCCAAUUUUCUCAUACAUUAACUUGUUGCAGACCCAGCUAAAAACACAUUUUAUUGGGUGUUAGUUCAAGUAACAUGUGCUUGUAUAGACACAAGAAUAUCCUCACGGACGUGAGCAGUAGUGAUGUUGUUUAGCUGACUGACUGUUGAGAAAGCGGCCAUCAAAUUGCCAAUAUGCUGUAUGUGUUUCAUGUGGACGCCGGUCUCAUGACCACAUACGAUAUGAGCUUGACACUGCAGAGUGUGUCAAGCUUGAAAGCAGCCAUAGAGCGGAAGACCAAGUUCCCAGCGUCCUCGCUUGUGCUGCUUGUGAGCGGCGGCGAGGUGCUGCAGUCCGAUCACAUGGUCUCCUCGUACAGUGCUGGCACCGACACCAACCCCAUCUACAUGUUCAGCAAGCCCACCAUGAAGGAUAGUAGUAUGAAGCAGUCUAAUCAGUAUUCUGUAUGCGACCUCAGCCCAAUAGUGGAGCUGAGCACAGAACAAUGGAGAAGCGACACUCGCAGCGGGCUGGAGGUGAAGUCGGUGGCGGAACUCAAGUCAGCAGUCGAGAUGUGCUGUUCGCUGCCGCCGUCCGUCCACACUGUGGUGACCUGUGCCUCGCUGGCGCAGCAGUUCAGUGAACUCGCGCACGAGAUCUCCAGGUGCUGUGAGCAGUUGGUGCAUGAUCAACAUCUGCAGCAUCAGGGUUGGUCAGCCGUGGUCGCCAAUUUAGAUGACAUUUAUCAUGAAUUUUGCGAGCGGUCAAAGAAUUUCAAAGAGUCAUUUAAAAAGCAUCGGAUGAAAAAGGAGCAGUACCAUGAGCAGUUAGAUGCGUUAAACCAAGUGCUGGAAUCCCUCGGAAAGAUCCCCAUCCUCCCAGCUCUUCGCAUGCACGCCGAGGCGCACCGCUUCUCUGCCUUCGACGUGUUCGAGGAGACGGAGUUCGACCGCCAGUACCAGCGGAGUCUGGAGCAUAGUGACGACCGCGGCGGCGAGGCGUUCAAGCUGUCUGAGGAGGACGUAUUCGACACCCGCAAACAACUGUCAGACUCGCAAGGCGGAUCAGCCCAGCAGCUUGACAACCGACCUAUAGAGGACUCUGAUGACGGUGGCGUCGUGUUCAAGGCACGUUCGUACGACAGCAACAAGGAUGAACCGACGCUGCUGCACUGGAUACUGGCGCAGGGGAAUAAGGCUUCGCUGCAAGAUAUCUUGGAUUACUGUCAGAAGGGGCUGUCUUUGAUCGACGAAGAGCCCCUAAAAGAGCGCGAGGCGGAACUCCGUCACAUCCUCGAGUACGCCAACAUGCACGGGCUGAAGCAGCUGAAGGGCAUCGAGGAGCGGCUGUACGGGCUGGAGCAGCUGCUGAGCGACGUGCGAGCUCUGGGCCGGGACCAGCGCGACCAGGCCGCCUCGCUCAUACAGAAUCGUGAGCGAGUGAGCACGGCGUGCGACCCGUCAGUGCUGCCAACGUUAGUGCAGUCGCAUCGGUACCAACUUGAGAAGUUGCUCAAAAACCACCAAGUCCUGUUCGACAUAAAAAGAAGGAUUGCGAAGUCUAAGGAUGAGCUGUCGCAUAUAUUGAGAGCUAGAUUAGAGGCAGUGCUAACGAUAGAGAACUCUAUGUCGGUACAAGACGCGCACCAAAUGCUGAGCUUCCAGUGUUUCGGGCGACUCGCUCGGUACUUCGACAUCGUGGAGCAACUGCAGAGAGCCCCGGCAGUCUUCGUGAGGGCCGUGGCUGAGGUGGCACGGAGGGUCACCUUCUCCACACACUUUCACCAGUGGGCCACGGACCUCGCGACGCAUCUCCUAGAAAUCCACAACGAGGAAGUGUCAAGAAGACAGUCGUUCAAUACGCUCUUCCACGGACAUUUCCUCAAGACGUUAUUCCCCGGGAUGACGGAAUUACCCCCACCGUUUGCGACGCAAACGCCCCCUAUAUUUGAUUCAAGGGUGCCAAAACUAACGGAUGAAGAUUGGAAGUUUGUGUCAACGGCGUUUCCUGAUUUAGCGGCAGAAGUGCCACAGUAUGAUAUGGAAGCGACAAUUAGGUUUUUUAGACAGAGGUUUGCUGCCACGGAUUAUGAAGACAAAGACGUAGAUGUCCAAGCAGACCUAGAUAAAGGAUUCGACUCUGAGAACGAGACGGGUGAUUUCGAGCGUCUCAGCCGACAGAGCACCACGGACAAGCAGAGAGUGGACACCUCCGUCACCGCUGUACCGGACACUAUGGCCGUUUCUACCGUCACUGAGGACAACAUGGACUCUCACAAAAUAAACAUGGAAAAACUAAAAGACUUCCUUCUACAGUUAUUCCAAUUAUGUAAAGCAAACAUACUAUUUAUCAGAGAAGAGUUAGCUAGACUUAAAAGUGACAUGGAUGUCCAAAAGCAAUUUAUAGCGGGUAAAUAUAUGGAAGUGUUAGAAGCAUGGCAGAAAAGCAAUGAAGAAAAUGCCUUAGAAUUUCGUGAACAAACUCAAAGAUUAACGGUAGACCACGAAUUAGAACUAGCAGACCUUAAAAAUGACUUAAAUGGUAAAGAUGAAGUAAUUGCAUCCGUUAAAAGCGAUAAAGAAAUGUUAAAACAGGAACACCAGCAUCACAUAGAAGAAUUACAUAAAGAGCAUCAAAGUACAAAAGACCUUUUAGAAAAAGUAAAAGAAGAAAUCAAAUCUUAUGAAGUCAAAUUAGAAGAAGCCGAGGCACAGAAGCAGAAAGAAUUAAAGGAUUUACAGGACAAAAUGCACCAAGACUACAAAGCUGAAAUAGAGUCUUUAAGAUCAAGGUUCCGUCUAGUAGCGCUAACAAACAUGGACCGGUCUCCAUCAGAAUCCAGUCUAGAGAAGAUAGAGAGAACAGACGUGAUAGAGAUAGCCAAUCACAACGCGAUCGUGAUGCAGACCAAGGAGAAUGCUGAGGUGGAGAAGGAGGAGGCUGUAAGAGAAGCAGUGGAGAGGGUCGAGAGAGACUGGCAAGCCAAGAUGGAAGCUGAGCUAGGCGCGCUGAAGACGAAGUAUGAGGUUGAGAAGCAGGUGACAAUAAACGACGUGACCCGCCGCCUGCUCUCCGAGAAGGACCGCCAGUUGGAGCUGCUGCGCGAGCGGGAAUCGAACCUGGUGCGAGAAUGCGCCAAGUACAAGGAGACCAUCCAGCAGCUCACCGACCCCGAGACUAAUGAUUAUGACAGCUUGCUCAAGCCGCAGUUGGCGACACUAGAAAAUGAAAAGGCCAUCUUACAACAGCAAAUACAGGACCUGAAGAGUCAAUUGGAGAAGAAAUCUGAUGAUGGAGACAAGAGCGGUAAAGAGGAAGACAGUGAUGGCAGAUCAUCAUCACCCAAGAGGGAAGAGCGUCGGCGCGGCCGCUCAAUAAGCCACACUCCGUACGGUCUGCUCGGGGGCACGCUCAGCCUGUCGUCGUGCCUGCCGGGGCACACGGUGCUGCUGUUGUGGGACCCCCAGCACCACAACUACACUGUCAUGCAGGAAGCGUCAAUAAUGUACUUCGUGCACAGCGACUGCCUGCCCGCGCUGGAGCUAAGCAUUAAUGUGAAGAGCGAGAGCGAGCGGAGGCUCUACGCCGUCGCCACUGUCGAGUCCAAGGAGUACUGUUACGCUAAGAAGAGCGGCAACCGCUACAACAUGCCCCGCGGGUUCCGCUUCUACCGGGUGCGGGUCAAGCCGUACCGCGCGCACCCCGCGCCGCCGCCCUGCUGCGACCACAAGCACAAGCCUCAAGAUUGUGUGAGGGGGGCCAGCCUUACAGCGCUGUGCGACCGCCGCCCGAAGAAGUGGUUGACCUACAUGCAUGCCCCAGAUUCCCAAAAGUCGGUGGACAAUUCCCAAUCGACCAGCUCGGCGGAUGACAGUAAAUGUCAGUACGUGGCGACGGCGACGCUGAUCAACUUGGAAUCGCCCGUGUCGACCAGCGAGCCGCCGACGGUGCAGGUGGAGGCCACUGAAGAGGAAGCCCCCGCGCCCACCGUCUGCCCGCCUAGGCCGCCAAUCGACAUGGAAUGCAGUGUAGGUCGCGUCCUGGGCCCAGAGAUCGAGCUACCAUCAGAGCUGACAGUGAGCGCUAUCUCCGUACAGUCUAGAACCGACACCACCGUCCCGGCAGACUCCGAGCUGGCUGAAGAAGCGACCCCCUGACGCGCAUUUGACAUCCUGUCGCUUAGCGACAUCUAGUGGCGGCCCCGGUAACACUAUCCGAAACUACUUCUUCGCGUAGUUCCCACAUCGCCGCAUAGAUGUCACUAGCGAUGCUCAGGUUUUCAGAAUUUGAGGUUAUGGUGAAGAGAGAAAGCCUAUUUUAGGUCAUAUCAGUGCAAUGGUGGAAUUUUAUGAACGGACUCUAACUAGAGUAUUUGAAUUUUGUUUUGAAUCUGCUAUCGAUGGAGCAAGGCUAUUAAGCUGCUAUACGAGUAAGGGAGAGAAGGCUUAUCCUUGUAUGUCGUAUACGCUAAAGGUCACAUACUCUCUAUCGGUUAAUUUGACAGGGAAGUAAUAUUACUUAUAAAUCCACAUAUACAUAGGUUAUCGACGCUCUUGCAUCACAAUAAAUUUCGAAGGACAGAAAUUAUAUGAGCGAUGGCCGACAAUAAGAUAAACGUGAAAUACUAAUCAAUGACAAUUAUGUAUUGUUUAUGAUUUCAAUAAUAUAUUUUACUUACAUUAAGAUUUCAAUUCACGAAAUUCACAGUUUGUGUGUCAAAUCUCUGAUCAGGGAAGAAUAAAGAUAUUUGUAAAUGCAAAAAAUGCAAUUUCUAGAUUUUUUGUCACCAAGGUCUUCCACUUAUUGGGAUAUAACGCCGAUUGAGCAUAAAUUUAUUUGCUUCUGCACAAUAAAUAGUAUCGGUUGGCGCAAAAAAUAUAAAUUAUUUUGGAAAAAUUUAAUAUUGUGAAAGUAUUUUUGAUAAAAGUUGCCAUUUGCCUUAGUUUAAAAUCGAGAUACUUUUAAUGUAUCCAAUUCUAAAAAUCACACUUAAAAUCUAAAUUACUUUAAAUUUAAAUGAUGCAGUAGCUAACUUACUUGCAUAUUACUCUGGAAUAAAUAUGAUGAAACUUUUUUACCAUACAUUUGAUUGGAAACCUAUGACUUAAACCUAUGAAUUUCUUUUCUGUAGUACAAAUUAUAUUAGUCGUUAAUAGCUUUACAAAUUAUCUUUUGCAAGUCGCUAUUUUUUAUACCAAUGUUCAUAAAAUCGAAUUAUUUUUAUGUUUUUUAGGCACCUAAAUUAGUUCCUCUUGCGUUAUGUAUUCAGUGAAACGAAGUUAAACACUAUUGUUAUUAUUUAAUAUAAUUUAUUUUUAAAUGUCAGUUAUUUCUAUCAAUUCGAUACUUAGUUCGGUUAACAAAAUUAUGAUGUUUAUUAUCCGUAGCACAAAAGUCCUUAGUCACUUAGACAAUUUGUUUACUAUAGAUUUUCAGCGCAUACCCAUCCUAAAUAUCCAUUAGCGAUAAUCUUCGUAAGUCUUAGGGUUACUUAAUACCUUCCUCACGAGUAAAAGUGGCAUAGCAAAUCCGUGUUAAGUCGUACCUAGUUCCCCUGUAGUGGUGUCCAAACGUCAUAACACAAAACACGGUAUAGAUACAUAAUUAUUCUGAAGCUAUGUCACGUUUAUUAGUACUAGGGAUUCUGAAUAGAUCGUGGUGGAUCCUGAUGUACUGUGGAGGGUACUACACACCAUUCCUUCUUAGAAGUUUCUCUCAAUAUCUCGGUAGUUUAAAACGCUUCGCGGAACCAAAAUGCUUCGAACUUCGAUCUCGACUUUGAACUUGAAAUAUAUUUGGUCUAUAUUUAAUUAUUAAAGUAUAAUAAAAUGACACCAUAAUUAUAGAAUAGUGAAUUGUUAAAAUAGAAGUAUUGCUAACUAUACGCUACUAUGGGUUUACUCAUCUCAAACUGAAAAUAAGGAUUAUUUGUUUAAACAGAUAGGAGCGGUCAGUCAAAUAACAUUGCUAGAACACUUGUCGAAGUUUCGAUGCAAGUAAACUCGUGUUAUGAUCGGUUCAUAUAGUAUAUUUUUUUAACAAACGAGUACUCUUUUUAUUUUACUGCGUUGCUAUUGGUCGACGUAAUUAUUACUGCGCUGCUAUUGGUCCUAACAAUGACCCAUCUCACUCUGUCAAUAUCGGAAAUGUGCGAGAGACAUACACAGUACUCGUUUGU